UUUGACUGUGGAACUUUGUACGUGUUUAAACCUUGCUACUGAAGGUAACUGGCAGAAUGUUGGAGUUGAAGUGAGAAGUGAGAUAGUUCUGUGACGCAGUUUGACAACUGUAUUCCCGCUUCGCUGGCAGAACGAAGUUUGCUUCUUUGACAAAAGGUCGACCAUGUUUGAACGGUAGAGCACAAGAUGGCGACUAGGAAAUCACGUGACUCGGACUGUAACAGUGUCAGCUUCCUCAAGUAUGUGUUGCAUAUCUUCAACGUGGUGUUUCUGUUGUCCGGAAUCGGAGUGCUCGGUGUCGGAAUCUGGACCGUGGCGGAGAAACAGCACUACGUUGCUUUGCUUACCAAUGCCACGUACGAGCUGGCCGCAUGGGUGCUGAUAGUCACAGGCUGCCUGGUGUUCGUCGUCACGGUGAUUGGAUGCCUCGGGGUGCUUCGAAACAACCGUUUCUUUAUUCUGGUGUACACGUUUGCGCUGCUGCUCAUCUUCCUUCUGGAGGCAAUGGUUGGCAUAAUGUCAUUCCUGUACGAGCCACACGUUGAGGAGGAAUUGCGCCUGAACCUGAACAAUACGUUCGUAGAAAACUACAAGCUGGACGAUAAGAAGACUAGUGCCAUAGAUCAGAUGCAGAUUGAGUACAAAUGCUGUGGUGCAAACCUGUUUGAAGACUGGCAGUACAGUUAUUGGCAAAAAGAAAACCUGUCUGAGGGGCUGAAGGUUCCGAACUCAUGCUGCAAGACCAUCACUCCACAUUGUGGGAAAAGUGACCAUCCGAGCAAUAUACACUACACGGGAUGCAGACACAGGCUGGCAGGUGAGAUUAGGGAUCAUCUCAUCAUCUUGAGUGCUGUCGGGCUUGGUAUCUGCGUGCUGCAGAUCUUCGGAAUGAUCUUUUCAUGUUGCCUGUACAUCAAGCUGAAGGACAUGUCUGACUAAAAUUUGCAUGACUGUAUAUAUGUAGAUAUGCCAUAGACUACUUGUUCAAAAAAAUAGGUGGGUUCCAAGAUAAGGUAAUUUUGGAAUCCCAUUCAUGGUUAUGGUAAUUGUAUAUAUAAAGCUGUGUGUAUUUAUUGAUGUUACAUAAAAUGACCCUCUGCAAUCCAUGGCACAAUGUAUUCUAGUACCACACUAAUCUAUGCAGUAAGAUUAAUAUGUAAAUAUUUAUGUGACUAUUGUAUUAAAUGAUUCCAGUUGAAAAUGUGCUUUGCAUUUUUUACACAUCAACUGUUUUAAAUUUUAAAAGCUUGUUUAAAUAUAACGUCAUUAGUAUCUGCAGUUUUUGAGGGGAGAUCUGAAUAUAAAAUGUUAUCAUAUAUGUCUCUAGUAACAACUGAAAGGUUCAAACACAACUGAAAUAAAAGCCUCUAUCUUGUGUCAGUUUAA